AACCCUUAUCUGUCAGCAGACGUUUUGAGUACUAACUAAAUGUGUAGUAUGUCACUCGACAAUGUAUAUAACAUAUAUUAAAUGUGAAAUAUAUGAGGUGUCAGAUCAGGGAACUGCAUUCAUUUGAAGAAGUGUGUAUGUAAAGUGUGCUGUUCUUCAUCUCAGUAUAUUGUCAUCUCCAGGUGAUGGUCAGCGGCUGAUUGUUUCCUGAAAGCUCUGCUAAUGUCUGCAUUGGUGUUUUAGCUGCAGUAUGGCAGAGGAGCGAGUAAAGGACUCUCUCUCAGAGAAACACAGUGUGAGAUCAGGAUCAUGUGUGUCCAGCUCUGUGUCUCUGAAGAGUGACGUGUCAAAAGGUAAACCACCAGACCUCAGAGAGAAAACACCAUCAUCUGUCAAAAGACUACAGCGCUGUGAACUCACUGUUGAGUGCUGUGAGAGUUUGUCUUCAGCUCUACAAUCCUCAAACUGUGUGCUGAGAGAGCUGGACCUGAGUAACAAUGACCUGCAGGAUUCAGGAGUGAAGCUUCUCUCUGAUGGACUGAAGAGUCAACACUGUAAACUGGACACACUGAGAUUGUCUGGCUGUAUGGUGACAGAGGAAGGCUGUGGUUUUCUGUCUUCAGCUCUGACUUCAAACCCCUCACACCUGAGAGAGCUGGAUCUGAGCUACAAUCAUCCAGGAGAUUCAGGAGUCAAGCUGCUCUCUGAACAACUGGAGGAUCCAAACUACACACUGGACAAACUCAAUCUGGAUCAUGGAGGACACACGAGGAUUACAGCAGGACCACGCAAAUAUGUCUGUUUCCUCACUCUGGAUCCAAACACAGCAAACACUCGACUCAUUCUGUCUGAGGAGAACAGAGAGGUGAAGAGUGUGAGAGAGAAUCAGCCGUAUCCUGAUCAUCCACACAGAUUUGAUGAUUAUCUUCAGGUGUUGUGCAGAGAGAGUGUGUGUGGACGCUGUUACUGGGAGAUUGACUGGAGUGGAGAUGCUGAUGGUGUGGAUAUAUCAGUGUCAUAUAAGAGCAUCAGGAGGAAGGGAGGAGAUCUUCAGUGUGUGUUUGGAUUUAAUGCUCAGUCCUGGAGUUUGUUCUGCUCUUCCUCCAGUUUCAUAUUCUGGCACAAUUACACACACACUGAUCUCCCAGUGAAGGCGCUCAGCAGGAGAAUAGGAGUGUUUGUGGAUCACAGUGCAGGAACUCUGAUCUUCUACAACAUCUAUAGAGACACAAUGAGCCUCAUCCACUCAGUCCAGACCACAUUCACUGAGCCGCUCUGUGCUGGGUUUAGGAUUUAUUAUCCUGGAUCAUCAGUGAAACUGAGCUGA